CUCUGCUCCGCUCCCCCCGUCCACCUGGCUCAUUCAUCCUAUCUGGCACCUUCACUGGUUGUUUUGUUUGGCUUUGCUUUGAUCUGAUUUGAUUUCUUUUUCAUCUUAUUUUGAGCCUCUGCAUACUUCUCAAACCCUCCCGACCAUGCCUGCAAGACAUUGGGAUACCAGUAAAGCCGCGUGGUUGUAUCCCCUGCGUGGAGUCUACUACUUUGCAUCCCAUCGCUAUCUCUGGCCCUUGUUCAAGACUCGCCUAAUCCCCAUCGUGCUGCUCUCCGCCUUCAUUUAUGUGCUGCUGUUCACCUUCACAUACCUGCCCCAGGUGGCCUUCCUCUCCAUCUUCCAGGGCGUCGGGGCGUGGGUCAAUGGCGCAUUCCUGGUGCUCGGCGAAGGGGCCGUCAUCGUGGCCGGGCUCUUCGAGGCCUUCUUCGUCGACGAGACGCUGGUGGACAUCUUCGACUCGGUGCUGGUGAGCGAGGGCCACGGCGAGCUGGUCACCAUGUCGAGGGUGCUAUACCCCCAGGGUGACGAUGUCGUCAAGCGGCUCGGCAAGCCCACCCAGAGCGCCGUUUAUGCGCCGUUUUCCCUUCGCCAGAUCCUCGAGUUCAUCGUGCUCCUCCCGCUGAACUUUAUUCCCGUGGCUGGAACGCCGAUGUUUCUGGUGCUGACCGGCUACCGGGCGGGCCCCUUCCACCACUGGCGGUACUUCCAGCUGCUGGAUCUCUCCAAACCCCAGCGCAAGGAACGGAUUCGUCGCCGGCAACUGCAGUACACCACAUUUGGGACGACGGCCCUGGUUCUUCAGCUCGUUCCGAUUUUGUCCAUGUUUUUCCUGAUGUCAACCGCGGUUGGGUCGGCCCUGUGGGCGGUGGAGAUCGAAGACAGGCGCGAUCCUUUCGGCAGAAGGCGCGGGCAGGAUCCCGAGAACAUCUACCGUGAUGAUGAUAUGAUAUGAACCUUUGUUUUUCCUCUUCUUGUUUAUUGGCCCGGGAAUCAUUUCCCACACCAUUGCUGAUUGCCUUGCUCCUGCUCCCGCCCCACUGGACCGGGAGGUUUGUGCAACCGUGGCAUUCCCGCCGGGAGGGAGACACAUAAUAAUCUAAUAAUCAAUAAUCACAAUCAAGCCUUUCCCCUCCCCGGGCAAGUCCUACGUAAGUAGCAGUUGGUCGUGGACGAGAGUCCUCCGCCGGGCGGUCCACCGGGGGGCAUUCUAAGCUAGCCCCGGGGAGAUAGUCGAUCAUGGGCACUGCACUGGCUGGCCCCUGCCACAGGAUAGGAACCCGAGGUGGGACACUGGACUGGCGGAAGGGAUUGCCGACUCCACCUGCAGGCUUUUCGUAGCCGCAGGAGCCUAUAGAUAUCUAGACAGGAGGGCGCGGACGAGGAGUGGCUUUGACUUUGGGAAGUGGGAAGAGGUCCUAGGAGGAUGGUCGAG